UCAGCCAGUGGGUGACGUAUUUCCGCCUGCCGUUGCGGCUGUGUGGCAGUGAGGCGCAGGAUGGCGCUGUGCAGGCUGAGCGCUUCUCUCCUUUCUCUCACCAUUUAUCCUCACCUCGCGAAAUCCCGGGUCGACUAGCUCCGUACAUCAGAAAACGUGAAACUCCAGUCCAGCCUUACAAAAUGAUCUGAGAAGAGAUGAUAGCAGAACCAACAUUACUGUCCAGAUCAGUGCAAAAAGAGAACUCAACUGUCGAUGUCUCUUCCUGCACAUCUGGGAAUCACUCUGCUGGUGUGAGAAAUGAAAACAGACAGAAGAAUGUGAGGGGGAAGAGGAAAGUCCGAGAAGGCUCAGAGAAUGCUAAGCGGAAACAUUCCAAAAGCAGCAAUGGCAGCUUGGGCAGAGCAGAGAAUGAGCAGCUCAAAAACAGAGACAUCGAGGCCGUCACUUUGUUUGAGGUGGUCACCAUGGGCAGGAGUGCCAUGCAGGCUGUGGUGGAUGACUGGAUUGAGGCCUAUAUUAUGGACAGAGAACCAGCCCUGCUUGACCUCAUCAGCUUCUUCAUCCAGUGUUCAGGAUGCAAAGGGGUAGUAACGGCUGAGAUGUUUCAGAGUAAGGAAGAUACAGAUGUCAUGAGCAAGAUGGUGGAGGACCUAGAUGAGAGCUCAGGUUUACAGUACAAAAAGUUCCUGGCAUUCCCAUGGAUAUUGACUGUCACAUGGCCCAUGGACAUUGACAGUGGUGAGUAUCCCCUUGUUAUGUCCGGCCUGUACUGGAAGAAGUUCCGCUCACACUUCUGUGAGUUUGUCUCUGUGCUUGUUGCUCAGUGCCAGUACAGUGUGAUCUUCGACAACUACCUCCUGAACACACUCAUCUCUCUGCUGACCGAACUCUCGGCAUCAUGUGUACGCGCCUUCAGACACACCUGCACGCUGGCAGCGGUAAAGUUACUCAGUGCUCUAGUGAAUGUGGCCCUCAGCCUCAGCGUCAGUGUGGAUAAUAGCCAGAGACUCUAUGAGGUGGAGCUGGCAAAGACAUCCAGCAAGAGAGUCUCGCCACGACUAGAGAGGAUCCAGCGGAAGAUUACGGAGUUGCAGGACCGAAAGCUUGAAACAGAAGACAUGAUGGAUGCCAUCUUUAAGGGAGUUUUUCUUAAAAGAUACAGAGAUGUGAUACCUGAGAUCAGGGCUAUCUGUAUGGAGGAACUGACCGUAUGGAUGAAGCUCUACAGUCCAGUGUUCUUAAAUGACACCUAUCUGAAGUAUGUAGGAUGGAUGAUGCAUGACAAGCAACCUGAUGUGCGCUUGAAGUGUGUGCUGGGUCUACAGGCACUCUAUCAGGAUGUUCAUCUCAGCUCCAAAAUGGACCUCUUCACAAGUCGAUUUAAGGAGAGAAUGAUCUCUAUGACUCUGGAUAAGGACCAUGAGGUAGCUGUGCAGGCCAUGAGGCUGCUGAUGGUCAUCUCCCAGUCGUGUGAUGAUGUACUGAGCCAGGACGACUACAAACACAUAUUCCAGUUUGUGUACUGUUCUCAUCGGCCUCUUGCAGCCACUGCAGGGGAAUUCCUAUAUGGCAGGAUGCUAAGUAACCCUGCAGUGCCACAGUCAUUGGUAGGAAGAUCAGAAGAGGACAAAUGCAGAGCACUGACCCUCGCAAGAAUUCGAGCGCUCAGCCACUUUUACACUGAGAGCCAGCUGCAUCAGCAUGUGCUAUAUGUAGUGGACAGUCUGUGGGACAGUGGUGGUGCUCUACUGAAGGACUGGGCCUCGUUGACCUCUCUGCUCACUGCCCAGCCCCCCUCACAGGAACAAGUAUUGAGCAGUGCUGAGGAGGCUCUGGUUAUUGAGAUUCUAUUGGCAUCAGUGAGACAGGCUGCUGAGGGUCCUCCACUAGCAGGAAGGAGCACAGGCAAGAAGGUAAUCAGUACUAAGGAGAAGAGGCUGCAGACUGAUGACUGUACCAUGCUUACAGAACACUUCCUAAAGGUGCUACCUGAGCUGUUAUCCAAGUACUUAGAAGAUGCUGAAAAACUGACCUCCUUCCUCAAAAUACCUCAGUACUUCCAAAUGGACUCCUGUGGUGAUGAGUACACCAAGGCUGUGCAGGCUUUGCUGGCUGGGCUUGAUGCUGCAGUGGGCAGACACUCAGAGGCAAGGCUGCUGGAAGAAGCUGCUCGGUCAUACCACAGCCUCUGUGCUGAGGACUCACGCUGGCAACAAGUAUCAGUGCCUGCCAUGGACCAACUCAUCCAGCGCUGGACAUGCACACUGGAAAAAUGCUUAGGAGAGGAACUGAGUGAUGGAGCCUUUGUUGCUGAUGAAGAAAGAAAGAAAGAAAUUCUAACCACACUGAAGAAACUUACUGCUUUCAACAAUGCUCAGGACCUGUCUAAGUGGGGGAUAUAUGAGCUGGUCUCCAAGCUGCUUGUGGUAGACGUACAGCUUGGGGGCUUGCCAGUAGAGAUGACCACUGAGGCUCUGCGCUGCGUGUGCUGCUGCAUCUUGUGGAACCUCAAUAAGUUUGUCGAAGGAACAACCUCUAGGGAGUCAGCGCUCCAUCAGAGGAAUCAGCUGCGAGCCUUUUGUGAAAAAUGCCACCGUUGUCUGUCCCACGCAGAGCAGCUGGUGAGAGAGCAGGCAUUCAUGUGCUUGAGUGACAUCCUCGUAGCCCAUAACUACCAGCUGCAGAUGUGGGACCCAUCAGCUGGUGCCCCUGUUUUGUACACCCCUGAACCCAAGCUCCAGAAAUCUCUGCUAAGCUUCGUGCUUGAGCAUGUCUUCACCAGCCCUGAGCCGGAUGGCCACAGCAGCAGAGGCAGUGAUAGUGAGUGUGGUGUGAGUCGACUGGAGGACUUGCACAGACGGCGGAAUCUGUUGGCUGCGUACUGUAAGCUGAUAGUGCACAGUGUGCUGGAGAUGAGCAUGGCGGCUGAGAUCUUUAAACAGUAUGUGAAGUACUACAACGACUUUGGUGACAUCAUCAAAGAGACUUUGAACAGGACGCGGCAGAUGGACAAGAUUGAGAGUGCACGCACUCUGGUUCUUUGCUUACAGCAGUUGUAUCUGCGACUGAAACAAGAGCAGGACAGUGGGAACACAUGCAGCUCUGCUGUGCAGACAUACAGCAGCAUCAAAGAACUGGCCAGACGCUUCUCGCUCACUUUUGGCUGGGACCAGAUCAAAUUCCGCGAGUCUUUAGCCAUGAUCCACAGGGAUGGCAUUGAGUUUGUGUUUCAGGGAUUUGUUCAGGAGUCUGAAAAGCACUCUCCUCCGAACAUCUCCUACCUCACCAUCCUCAGUGAGUUCUCUGGCAAGCUGCUCAAACCUGACAAGAAGACAAUAUACAGUUACCUGCAAAGAUUUGCUGGUGAGCAGACCAUCAAUAACAGGGAGGAGUGCUGGAUGCCUCUCAUUUAUUACAGAGCAUCUCUCCAGGGCACGGCCGAGGGAGAAGAUGCUGUGUCCUUCAUCAGCUCUGACACUAACAAACAGCCGUCGCUCACCAAUCGUUCCAAAUCUCCCUCCAUCAGGCAGGCCAUUUCUGAAGGAGAUCCACGAUUACCACCACCGUGUAUAGAAACAAAAGGGAGCAAGCAGCUGAAGAGUUUAGAGGAGCUGCGAGUCAUAGAGCAGGGUCCAGCACUCAGAGAGCAGCCACACUGCGAUGGACCAUCUGACAGCCAGCCAAGGACCACUACUGAUGAGGUUGAUGUGGACACAGUAGAAAUAGAUAUAUGAUGCACAGGUUUAGUCCUAAUGGAGGUCCAGUUUUUUUUCACUGAGUUAGUGAGUGAGUGAGUAAGUUCACUGAAGUUCCUCAUCAGGAUAUGAGUAUGACUUCACUGUGGGGAAAGUUACUGUAACCAGUGCUGAAAGAUGUUGGUGCUGAAGACGUUUCUAAUUUAAUUAAGCUCAGUUAUUUUCUUGCACAAAACCAGAUCUAAGCUAAAGACUUAGAAGGUGCAGUGUGGCUCCCUUGCUUGUAUGUUGUAUUGUAAUGGUAUGUUAAGAGUCUGUUAUUAAUAGACUUGUCAAAAUGUUCAGGCUCAACAAAAAUAUGAGAGUGCAGUUUAAUAGACCUGCUAUGCUUUUUAAUUGCCACUUCUGUUUGAUAUGGAUACAUAAUUGAGCUCUGCUGUCUUCAACUGAAUAGACAUAGAUUGAAAGUCUUGGUGGACCUUACUUGUGAGCUUUAAAAAAGCUGAACUGACCCACUGUAAGGCUUGUAAUAUCCCAGUAGGAAAAACAUGCACUACAGAUGUUCUCAGUCAGUGUUAAAACAUUGAAUAUUAUUUUUUAGGCCUGUGCAGUGUGAUUAUGUAUGCAGACACAUAGCAUAUGUUAUGUGGAAUAACGGAAAUGGAAACACCAGGAAAAGGGAAUUCUAUUUUGAAAUGACAUUCACGUCUGCACAUGCACAUUUGUCUUGUAUUAAAUUUAUUGUACUGUGUUUAUAUUUUCAAAAAUUUUCAGGUACCAAAAUAGACUGCGUCCAAUAUUAUGAAGACGCAGGGCAGCCUGACAAAUUAUUAUUAUAUUCAUAUUCUGACUGGUGUUUCCAUCAUUUUGCUUAUGGCGUUAAAGAAUUAGGGAAUUUACAUACAGGAGUUAAGCCAAAGCCUGGACUACACUUUCCUUUUAAUGAGGAAUCUUCAUGAAUGAUGUACAGUCUGGGACUACACAGACUGGCUUUAUUGCUCUCUGAGUAAGUCUAGGAGAUCUGAAUAUUGUAAUAUUGGGACAUGGCCUUGUUUAGUUUGACCCCAAGUUCACGACUGUUAACUAAAACGAGUAUAGAAUACAAAAAAAUUAAUCAAGGUUGCCACAAAUUACGUCCUAUACGAUGUGGUGCCACUGUAUGUAGAUGCACCUUGUGUAUAAGCUUAAACUUGUGUUUUUUUUUUUCCCCCCUGAAUCAUCUCCCUAAUUAAGACAUAUCCAGUUCCACCCAUUAGUGAGGACUCCCCCGAUUAUACAAGAUCACCAGUGCCAGGAGGGCAAAAUCUAGUACCGGCUUCCUCCGAGGUCUGUAAAGCAUCUUUUUGAACCACUUCUAACACAUCAUUGAACAGGCUGAAUGUGCUCUGAUGAAAGCACCAACUGCCAGUUCUGUUAUGUCAGCUAACAGAGCUAGCCUCACGCUGGGUGAUUGGGGGGCGGCCAUCCUGCCCACCCAGAGAGAGCAAGAACAACUGUACUCUCUUGGACUCCUGGCUAUGGAUCGCUGUAGCUUCAUCAGGUACCCAACUCGUGAUCUGAUAAGGCCCAUUAGGAUAAAAUGGAAUGAGAGUAAUCUUUUAAAUUCUACAAGUGUUGAGCUCUAGAAUACCUAGUAGUUUACUGCAUCACUGUUCUGGCAAUUUUUUCCAAAUGUGAAAAACGUGAACAUGAGCAUCUAAAAACCUUCUGAAACACACUUUAAUAUAAUUUUAUGAGUUAUUUUGAUAUGGCAUAAUGUUACUGGUUAGAUAUGCAUCUUUAUCAUAGCAGUGUUUUUAAAAAAAAAAAAAAAAAAAAACACUUCCUGCUGUAGCCAUUAGUGUUUUUGUUUUUCCUUUUUAAAUUGUUAUAAUUCACACUUCACUAGAUCCUCAGCUCAAAUUCAGCAGAUUUUCUGGAUGAGGUAUUUACUCAUUUGUCAUUGGAUUGAUAUGUACAACAUAUUUUGCUAUCCAUUGUUUUAUAUUAUAGGUGUAAAUUAUACACCUACUUUACUGGCAAACAGUUACAUAAAUCAGGGAUGAGAAACUUCACACACACACCUAAGCCACUUAUCCUUCUGGGUCACGGGGGAGCUGGAGCCUAUCUGAGCAGUCAUCAGGUGGAAGGCAGGAUACACACUGGACAAGUCACCAGCCCAUCGGGCAUAAAACUGUUCACAACAUGGAAAUUAACCAAGGAGAGAAAAACAUUUUCAUGGAACAAGAACAGAAACUGUAAACAAAGCUAUUUGCAUUUUGUUCUGAAGCAAAAAUAUUACUUAGAGCCUUUUUGUUCCAAAUAUUUAGCUUUCUCCAAUAUUUGAAAUGCUGAAAGCCUGCAUAUGAACAAAAAAAAAAAAAAAACAGCAUAUAGUGAAGAAUUAAAGAGGGUUUUUGUUCAUAACAGGAACA